AUGCCGGCGCCUCUGGACACCUGCCUCUCAGAUCUCGACGGUGCCAGCAGCAGCGACCUGUCCACCUUCCUCACGGACGAGGAGGACUAUGCCAGGCUCCAAGCCCCAGCCCCUGCCUCGGGGCCGUCGUCGGGGCCCGUCCGCGGGGCUGCACCCGCGGUCUCCGAGGUCCCCGGCGGCGGCGGCGGCGGCGCUCAGGACGAGGAGCAGGAGCGGCGACGGCGCCGAGGCCGAGCCCGCGUGCGCUCCGAGGCGCUGCUCCACUCGCUGCGCAGGAGCCGCCGGGUCAAGGCCAACGACCGCGAGCGCAACCGCAUGCACAACCUCAACGCGGCGCUGGACGCUCUGCGCAACGUGCUGCCCUCCUUCCCCGACGACACCAAGCUCACCAAGAUCGAGACGCUGCGCUUCGCCUACAACUACAUCUGGGCCCUGGCGGAGACGCUGCGCCUGGCAGAUCAAGGGCUCCCCGCGGGCGGUGCAAGGGAGCGUCUCCCACCACCCCAGUGUGCCCCCUGUCUGCCCGGACCUCCGAGUCCCUCCAGCGAUGCGGAAUCCUGGGGCUCCGGUGCCGCCGCCUCCCCUUGCGCACCCGUCGUGUCGCCCCUCUCUGACCCCAGUAGCCCCGCUGCCUCUGAAGACUUGGCCUAUGGCCCUGGUGACCCCCUUUUCGCUUUCCCUGGCUUGCCCAAAGACCUGCUUCACACCACGCCCUGUUUCAUCCCUUACCACUAG